AUGGAGACUGGUGCGGGCCCACAUCCGUUGCGCCUGUUCGUCUGCCUGAUGCCGCUCUGUCUGGCGUUGCUUUUGGGACCAGGGAGGCCCGGGAUCGCCGAGGAAGUCAUCCUCCUGGAUUCUAAAGCCUCCCAGGCUGAGUUGGGCUGGACUGCACUGCCAAGUAAUGGGUGGGAGGAGAUCAGCGGCGUGGACGAGCAUGACCGUCCGAUCCGCACAUACCAGGUGUGCAACGUGCUGGAGCCCAACCAGGACAACUGGUUGCAAACUGGCUGGAUCAGCCGUGGCCGCGGGCAGCGCAUCUUCGUGGAGCUGCAGUUCACACUGCGCGACUGCAGCAGCAUCCCGGGCGCCGCGGGCACCUGCAAGGAGACUUUCAACGUCUACUACCUGGAAACAGAGGCUGACCUGGGCCGCGGGCGUCCCCGCCCAGGUGGCAGCCGGCCCCGCAAGAUCGAUACAAUCGCUGCAGAUGAGAGCUUCACGCAGGGCGACCUGGGAGAGCGCAAGAUGAAGCUGAACACAGAGGUGCGCGAGAUCGGUCCGCUCAGCCGGCGGGGUUUCCACCUGGCCUUUCAGGACGUGGGCGCAUGCGUUGCGCUGGUCUCUGUGCGCGUCUACUACAAGCAGUGCCGCGCGACGGUGCGGGGCCUGGCGGCGUUCCCAGCCACCGCAGCUGAGAGUGCCUUCUCCACGCUGGUGGAGGUGACGGGAACGUGCGUGGCGCACUCAGAAGGGGAGCCCGGCAGCCCCCCGCGCAUGCACUGUGGCGCUGAUGGUGAAUGGCUGGUGCCCGUGGGCCGCUGCAGCUGCAGUGCGGGAUUCCAGGAACGUGGUGACAUCUGUGAAGCCUGUCCCCCAGGGUUUUACAAGUUGUCCUCGCGCCGGCCGCUCUGCUCCCCGUGCCCAGAGCACAGCCGGGCCCUGGAAAACGCCUCCACGUUCUGCGUGUGCCAGGACAGCUACGCGCGCUCGCCCACCGACCCGCCGUCGGCCUCCUGCACCCGGCCGCCGUCGGCGCCGCGGGACCUGCAGUACAGCCUGAGCCGCUCGCCGCUGGCGCUGAGGCUGCGCUGGCUGCCGCCCGCCGACUCGGGCGGCCGCUCGGACGUCACGUACUCGCUGCUGUGCCUGCGCUGCGGCCGCGAGGGCCCGGCGGGCGCGUGCGAGCCGUGCGGGCCGCGCGUGGCCUUCGUGCCGCGCCAGGCCGGGCUGCGGGAGCGCGCCGCCACGCUGCUCCACCUGCGGCCCGGGGCGCGCUACACCGUGCGCGUGGCGGCGCUCAACGGCGUGUCGGGCCCGGCUGCCGCCGCGGGAGCCACCUACGCGCAGGUCACCGUGUCCACCGGGCCCGGGGCGCCCUGGGAGGAGGAUGAGAUCCGGAGGGACCGAGUGGAGCCCCAGAGUGUGUCCCUGUCGUGGCGGGAGCCUAUCCCUGCCGGAGCUCCCGGGGCUAACGGCACGGAGUACGAGAUCCGAUACUACGAGAAGGGUCAGAGUGAGCAGACUUACUCCACGGUGAAGACAGGGGCACCCGCGGUCACUGUCACCAACCUGAAGCCGGCUACCCGCUACGUCUUUCAGAUCCGGGCAGCUUCCCCGGGGCCCUCCUGGGAGACUCAGAGCUUCAAUCCCUCCAUUGAAGUGCAGACCCCAGGGGAGGCUGCCUCAGGGUCCAGGGACCACAGCCCUGCGGUCGUCGUCACGGUGGUGACCGUCUCAGCCCUCCUCGUCGUGGGCUCUGUGAUGAGCGUGCUGGCCAUGUGGAGGAGGCCCUGCCCCUAUGGCAAAGGAGGUCAGGAUGCCCAUGACGAGGAGGAGCUGUACUUCCACUUCAAAGUCCCGACACGCCGCACGUUCUUAGACCCCCAGAGCUGUGGGGACCCGCUGCAGGCUGUUCAUCUGUUUGCCAAGGAGCUGGAUGCAAAAACCGUCACACUGGAGAGAAGCCUUGGAGCAGGGCGGUUCGGGGAGCUGUCCUUCGGCUGUCUGCAGCUCCCUGGCCGCCAGGAGCUCCCCGUGGCCGUGCACACGCUGAGGGACGGCUGCUCCGACUCUCAGAGGCUCAGCUUCCUGGCCGAGGCCCUCACCCUGGGCCAGUUCGACCAUGGCCACGUCGUGCGGCUGGAGGGUGUCGUCACCCGAGGAAGCACCUUGAUGAUCGUCACCGAGUACAUGAGCCAUGGGGCCCUCGACGGCUUCCUGAGGCGGCAUGAAGGCCAGCUGGUGGCCGGGCAGCUGAUGGGGCUGCUGCCCGGGCUGGCGUCAGCCAUGAAGUACCUGUCGGAAAUGGGCUACGUUCACCGGGGCCUGGCGGCCCGCCGUGUGCUGGUCAGCAGUGGCCUUAUCUGCAAGAUCUCUGGCUUUGGGCGGGGGCCCCGGGACCGAGCGGAGGCCGUCUACACCACCAUGAGCGGCCGGAGCCCGGCGCUGUGGGCCGCCCCUGAGACGCUUCAGUUUGGACACUUCAGCUCUGCCAGUGAUGUGUGGAGCUUUGGUGUCGUCAUGUGGGAGGUGAUGGCCUUUGGGGAGCGGCCCUACUGGGACAUGUCUGGCCAAGACGUGAUCAAGGCAGUGGAGGAUGGCUUCCGGCUGCCCCCCCCCAGGAACUGCCCCUCCCCCCUCCAUCGACUGAUGCUUGACUGCUGGCAGAAGGACCCAGGCGAGCGACCCAGGUUCUCCCAGAUCCACAGCAUCCUGAGCAAGAUGGCGCAGGACCCAGAACCCCCAAAGUGUGCCGCGACCACUUCUCCCAGGCCUCCCACCCCCCUGGCAGACCGUGCCUUCUCCACCUUUCCCUCCUUUGGCUCCGUGGGCGCAUGGCUGGAGGCCCUGGACCUGGGCCGCUACAAGGACAGCUUUGCUGCAGGUGGCUUUGGGAGCCUGGAGGCCGUGGCUGCCAUGGGCGCCCAGGACCUGGUGAGCCUGGGCAUCUCUUCGGCCGAACACCGGGAGGCCCUCCUCAGCGGGAUCAGUGCGCUGCGGGCGCGAGUGCUCCAGAUGCAAGGCCAGGGGGUGCAGGUGUGAGCGGCCCCAGCCCUGCCAAGGACCCUGGCCAGCUGCGCUCCACGGGUGUGGAAGUGAGCAUGCUCUCCCUGCACUCGGGCCCAGAGCUUGUUCGGGACCGCGGUCCCCCCAUUCCUCCGCCUACCCUUCCCAUUUCCCCAGUCUGGACACCUUGGCUGCUGACUCCGUCCCCCGGGGCCAAAGGGUUUAAAUCCCUGGGGAGAACCCCUGAGAUUUGGUCCCAGAGACCAAGGUGGUCAGGGCGGGGAGGGGAAAUGUAGCUUUAAAUCCCCUGGUUCAUGUUUUUCUGUCUUCCACACCCACUGGGGCCUGGGGCCUACCCCAGUGGGUACCCCUUUGCCCCACAGACCCAUUGGCCGGUUGGCGGCACGGGUCCCUAGUGGGCUUCCGUGAGACCUGGCGAGGACCCCCAACUGCCCGGCAGCCCAUCCUGAAGGGCCUGCGCUUGGGCUCGGCCCUGUCUGCACACUGGUCCUGAGGCUCAGGCAGCGGGGGUGGUGCUGAACUCAGGGGCUGGACCCCAAGGGCCCUAGACUCAGGAGCUGAUUUCUGCUUCCCCUGCCCUUGGGCUGACAGUUCAGGGUGAGGGUGAGGGUCCUGACUAGGCCAUCAAGGUCCUGGUGCUCCCCUGAGGCCCAUCGUGGCCUCCCCUUUGCAUUCCUUUUAUGCAUUCACUGGUCGGACAUCUGCAGAGAGCAUGAGGGGAGACAUCUUCUCUUCAGAGGACCCGUGAACUUUGCUUUCCAGCCUCAGAGGUGGACUUUCUCUCUCUGACAGGCUCUGAGCCGCACUGUGCAGAUAGGAAAAACCGAGGCCUGUUGAGGAGUCAGGGCCAGGGCUGGAGUUAGAACCCAUGCCCCCAGCUCCCAGUCUAGGGAUGAAGUUGGCUCUGGAGAGAGGGUCCUUGGUCCUAUUUUGUGACACCAACACUCUCCCCCCAAGGUAGCCCAGGGGUGCUCUGAGGUGACCCCUUCUUGCAAAUUCUGUCUCCUGGCCACCAUUCAGCCUCCCGUGGGAGAGCGCCUUCUCCCUCUGGCAGGAGUGGCCACACUGAGCUAACUCCUGAGUUCCUUAUCCAGAAGGGCUUGCCAGAGGCAGUGGUGAUCGUGAGGCCGGGGCUUUCACAGGAUGGCAGGAAGGCAGCUGGAUCUGGACAGGGUCCCAGGGGCUGAGUUUGUCCAGGACAUGCCUGGCAUAUGCCUACUCCGGGUUUGGCUGUAUGUGGGGUGAGAUGGGUGGGAAGGAGGAGGGUGUGAAUGAGACACAGAGCUGGUCUUGGCCCUUGGAGGGCUCAGUUUAAGUGGGGAGAUGAGCUCUGGCAUCGAGAAGUACUACAGGUGCACCUUCCAAAAAUACCCCCACGGGAGACCUUGGGGUCUGUGGGCCGUUGGGCCAGAGGGCAGAUGGACACUCAUGAUUUGUGUACACGGAGGUAUGUCUGGAAGGGCCUCUUGGCUGAGAGCAGAUGCAUAAGGCCUGGAAGGUGGGUGUGGGGGCUGUCUUUCCUUAGCGUGGGUGGAGUUUUGCACAGGCCAAGGCGGAGGGCCUAGGACAAGAGGCAUCCAAGCAGAGGGGCCAGCAUGAGGAGGAGGCUGGAGGCUGGAAGAUGCAGCGCAUUUUUGGGGAGUGCCCAUGGUGGGGGACGGUGCCUCACAGCAGUGCCUUUGGCCUCACCCUGCCAGAAGCUGCUCGUCUCUCCUUGGAGCCCCUCCCUCCGCUCCUGACCUCCUAAGCACUGCCCCAGUCAGUGACUUUGAGGGUAUAGCGGUGGUGGGGUGGCGGGCGGGGGGGUGGGGAGCUUGAGAUCCUGCUUCUACCUUUGACGGGGCUGGAGGGUCUGGCCCCUUGCCAGGUGCCCUCCAGGCUCGCCCCUCCCCCCACCCAAGCUUGGAAAGGACCAGUGUCCCUUCUUGGGUGGAGGGUGCCUCAUCCGCAUCUCUAGCUACAUCAAUCAUGCUCUGAAGGUCCCAGGCCCCUCCCCAUCCCCUAGCUGUUCUGUAAAGGGCCCUCUGGCUGUGGUGACAGGACUUCGGUGUCCAGGGUAGACCUCCCCUCCACCGAGGAGCGAGGUCCCGUAAUCCUGAGGGCUCCCAGGCCUCUGCCCUGUGCAGAUGCAGGCCGAUGGCUCUCUGGGAGCCCUUACAGAUCUAUUUUUGUAUGGAAUUUAUUCACUGGACAGAGGGAAGUGGCCUGCAACCCUCCGGCUCCCCCAUCUGAGCCCAUCCAGGGAGGGCAGGGGCUGGCUGGGGAUGCAGUUCCUUUGACUAAUUCUGGAGAUGUUUUUAUAUUUCCUGGGUUCUAUAUG